CCCCGAAGACACAAUCAAGCAGAAUCUUCCCUCCUGUCAAAUCGCACCACACGAGAACGAGAGCAAACCUUCUUUCGUAAAGAAUCUAGUCUGCAGGAAUGGCAGGUCCAGGAAUGACGACCCCUCAGAAACCCACUACUCCCGGGUCAACGUCCUCGUCGUCGUCAGGGAGCGCUGCGCUGCAGCCAUUACCGACCCCGACGACAGCGACGCCGCGGAAACGCCGGUGGUCAGAGACCGAUGGCGCGGACGAGUUCGCGUCGAGAGGGCCAUUUGAUAGAUUCGUGGCGUCGGGGGUCAGUCCGCUCGCUACGCCCCAGCUACGACAUGCUUUCAGGCACCACGGUGGCACGUCACCACCACAACCACCAACACCCCGCACCACUCCGAAAUCCCUGUACGCCAGCUCACUCGGGGUAGAUACCAACAUUGAUGGCCGACUACUACAACAUGGGGUCUCCCCCACUACACCUACGGCUCCCGAACAACUGACACUGGAUCGCCUCACAGCCACGCCAACGAAGCAUGGCGAGCGCGCGUUCCCGUUGGAAGACGAGAGGGCAUUGACGAAACAGAGAAUCAUUCCAAGAACGCCGGAGAGAGUCCUUGAUGCGCCAGGGAUGCGGAAUGACUAUUAUAUAGACGUACUAGACUGGUCCGCAGAUAAUAUCCUGGCAGUUGGACUUGGGAAUAAAGUGUACCUAUGGGAGGAGCACACAUCCGCAAUACACGAGCUCUGGACCGUAGACGAAGAUGACUACAUCGCCUCUUGCAAGUUCUCGCCCGACGGCUCCCGCCUUGCAGUCGGCACUAACGAAGGUCGCUGCGAGAUCUUCACCGUCCCCCGCCUCAGGUUCAAAGAAGGCCGCUGCCUCGCCCGCAUCCGCCAUCGAGACGGCCUUGGCGCUCUCAUCUGGUGCAAAAAGGACGACAACCUCUAUCUCACCACCGGCGACAAAAAGGGCACCAUCCGCGUCUACAACACCACCGAACGCCGCGCAGGCGCCAGCGCCGGCCAAUCGCUGCAGCAACGCACGCAUUGUGUUUUGGUGCGGGAGUGGGAGGGAACGCAUACGGACCGCAUCGUCGGACUGAAAUGGACAAAGGACGCGAGGCUACUGGCGAGUGGCGGGAACGAUAACUUGGUCGUUAUAUGGCAGCUGGAGAGGGAGACGCCGAAACAUAUCAUUAGGGAUCAUAUGUCGGCUGUGAGAGCGCUGGAUUGGUGUCCUUGGGACGAGGAUCUGUUAGCUACGGGAGGGGGUCUGGAUGAUCGGAAAAUUCGGGUGUAUACAAGUCGAGGCGAAAAGCGGCUCGAAAUCGAAACCGGCUCCCAGGUCUGCUCCCUCCACUGGUCCCCCUACGCCCAAAACCACCACCGCGAGCUCAUCUCCACCCACCACACCCUCGGCGACCAGCUCAUCAUUUGGCACUGGCCCUCCAUGCGCGAGGUCGGGCGCUUGCCGGGACACACUCAAAGACCACUGUUCCUCGCCGUCUCCCCGGGGGGAGAAGUGGUUGUGACGGGAAGCGGGGACGAGAAUCUGAAGUUUUGGAAGUGUUGGGCGUUGAGCGAUGUAGGGCCUAGGAGCGUUGGUGCGGGCGCUUCGGCGAAGGUGGGCGCGGGAGGGUUGUCUGCGGAUUUGCGAUAGAUGCCUGCCCUCAGCGUGCACUACGUCGGGAAGGAGUAGAUGGGAUGCGUAGGAUAGUCCGUAGGUAUGUUUGCCACUGCGGGUCGUUGGGUUGUUGUAGAAGAUUGUGUCUCGUUUUCCCUGUACAUACGUAGAUGUUUCUCCUUGCCUU